AUGUCCAUGGCAUGGGUGUGGCUCAUGAUGGGAGUCGCCAUCGUUGUGAAUGCCUUUAGCCAAACAGCAGGCUCUAAUGACGUAGAGAAUUAUCGGGUGUGUCUUCCCCUGAAUCUCAAUGAAGACACUUGUCCCUUGGAUGUCACCAAGGACUUGCGGAAGGAUGGCCACUGGUACAGCGUCAUAAACCAGUUUACCAACGUUCUCGGGGAUAUUACUUUUGGGGAUCGAGUGGUAAAAGGUGACUGCCAUUACACCCUCAGGGAUGUGUACGAGAAUAUCAACGAAACCGGGCGAAAGGUUGUGAAGGUGCGAACCCUGCACACCGGCAACACGAUAGAGCUCGAGGAGUAUGUCGAGACAGAACCCGAUUCGGCGACGUAUGUGGAACUUCAGAGAAAGUCAGUUGACCUCGAUAUGAAUGCCAUGGAGUUGCCAAAUUAUGUCUACCCACUCUACAACACGAGCACACGGUCAACGGACAUCGACAUCCACCCAACAUACCGCAACACGUACAGAAUCGGAAAGGUGACCAUCGCGCAACAUGUUGUUCCCGACAUGCCGUGCAUCGGUAGAUCAGUCACAAUAUGGGAGCGUAGAGACGGUAGACGCAUCGCAGACGUUGCCACCGUCCACUCCGAUGAGACCAUCACCAACGAUACCUUCAUCGAGCAGUCUGCAGUAAUGGCGAAUUUCGUUCCUUAUGAUCCCAGUAAUGGUACUGAAGACAUUCGUAUAGGUUUGGUAGAGGAUGAUCUCGACUUUGAUAUACACCCAUGA